AUGGCCAGUGCCAGACCCACGGUUCUCAUAUUUUCCCAUGGGGGCAUCGACGGCGGGCAUGGAAACAUUAAAUAUGCAGCCAACACCUAUCAGGCGGAAUUCUGCGAGCCGACUGUUACUCCCAUCCAGCUUCUUGAGGACCACCCAGCCGUACAAGCUAUUUGGAUUGUCGAUCAUGACAUAAUGCUCUCCAUACAUAAGCAUAUCUCGGACAGAGUCGUCAACUAUGCCGGCAAUGGCGGAACAGUCAUUCUCGGCGGCUGGUUCUCCAGCACCAUGAGCCCCCGCGUCUUCAGCAGGUGGAUGGAAAAAGCAUGGAACUUGCCCUGGCGAUGCGGCGAGGUCAGAACCGCCACUGUUUUCCUUCGGGACCCUGCCAUCGGCCCGCACCCCAACUGGCAACACGCUCUGGCACGUUCAUACCACCAGAAGAGCACGUUCCUCAAGAAUGUUUCGCCCACGGAGUCAUGGUACACAUCGGUCCUUGCAUAG